AUGAACACCAAAAUACUUAUUAUAACGGCGUUUUUUACAUACUAUUUAGUAUGGCUAUUCUUACCUAUUUUUGAUUUAAAGUCUUAUCAUUUGGUAAAUAGCUUGUUUCCAAUUCCAAGUAUUUACGCCGUUUAUCUGCCAAUUGCUAUAGUACUAGGCGGGUCACUUAUAGUAGUAACGUUUUUAGGUUAUUUAUUAAUUACUCAAAGUUAG